AAUAAACUUUGGGUAGUGUGGAAAAAGGACGCGUUUUAGAAAAGGAUUUUCCGGCUAAUCGAUGGGACGAGAAACGGAAUCAGAUGGUUCGGGGUCCGACUCGGGCUCGAGUCGCGGUAGCCGUAGUCGCAGCGGAACGCCACAAAUAGCGCCAACUCCGGGGUUUUCGUUGGAGCACCAUGAUUCGCGCUCGAAUUCUCCUAACCGACGCUCCCGGUCUGGAACACCGGCAAACAAUCGAAGCCGCUCGGGGUCGGCCGGUUCACAGCGUUCACGGUCGGGAUCACGCGCUUCCGGAUCAUCGCGUUCCCGCUCUGGCAGUCGAUCGCCAACACCAAACAACCAACAGAAGCACUCGAGUCGUUCACGCAGUAGAUCUGGAUCAAGGGCAGGGUCGCAGCGAUCCGGGUCCGGAUCACGGUCGCGUUCUCGUUCCGGUUCCGGGAGCGGUCGCUCUCGUAGCGGUACUCCUCAGAACAAUCGUUCGCUUAGUGGAACACCCGCAAACCGAUCUAGAAGCGGUUCUGCUGCUUCCGGCUCACCGGGAUCGAACAGGAAAUCCCGAUCGCGUUCUCGUUCCGUUCGCUCUGGGACGGCACGUAGUCGGUCGGGUUCGGUACAGUCACCCGCGAGUGACAAACGUAAACGGGCCGUAUUGAGCAGUGAUUCGGAUUCAGAAACGCCCAACCAGAAGGAACAGAAGAAAAAGAGCAAGCUGAUCGAUACGGAUUCCGAGGAGGAAAGCGUGAAUCAAUCGGCAAAGCCUAGCGACGUUACAGCCGACGCACUGUUCGGUAAUGCUGACGAUAUUAGCUCAGAUGAGGAUGCUGGUUCUGGUGGCGGUGGCCGUGAGCGUGAUGAGCUAGAUGAUCUGGAGGAUGAGCAGCGUAAGCAAGAACAGGACAAAGAACGGUCGCGAGAUCGUUCGAGAAGCAGGAGUCGUAGCCGUAGCCGAGACAGUUAUCGCCGCUCAUCGGAUGAAGAAGGCGGCAAUAAGGAUCGAUUGGCACGCUGGGAAGAACCGAAGGAACCAGAGCCGGAGCAGGAACCGAUUCCGGAGACGCGAAUCGACGUGGAAAUCCCCCGUAUCGUGACGGAUCUAGGACGUGACAUACAUUUCGUCAAGCUACCCAACUUCUUGUCCGUCGAGACGCGGCCUUUCGAUGCCGAAACGUAUGAGGAUGAAAUUGACGAAGAGGAAACGCUCGACGAAGAAGGUCGUCAGCGUUUAAAGCUGAAGGUGGAGAACACGAUCCGCUGGAGGAACAACAUAGACAACAAGGGCAACGCACAGCGCGAAACUAAUGCACGGUUCGUGAAGUGGUCCGACGGGAGCAUGAGUCUGCAUCUGGGCUCCGAGAUAUUCGACGUGUAUAAGCAACCGCUGCAGGGUGAUCAUAAUCACUUGUUCAUCCGCCAAGGAACGGGUCUCCAGGGACAGUCAGUAUUUCGCACGAAGCUUACCUUCCGGCCACACUCCACGGAAUCAUUUACCCAUCAGAAGAUGCUUAUCUCGUUGGCCGAUCGUUCGCAGAAGACAUCCGGCAUCAAGAUCCUCACGACGGUGGGCAUUGAUCCGGAUGCGGAUCGAAAGCAGAAUCUUAAGAAGGAAGAAGAGAAACUCCGCAUGGCGAUGCGUGCUAAGCCGGCCUCGGCCAAACCGAAGCGAAGCCGUGAUUCUGGAGCAGGGGCCAGCAACGCUUACCAUCAUGAUGAAGGUUCGGAAGACGAGGGUGGUAUCUCGAUUGCGGCCAUCAAGAACAAGUUCAAGGGUGACAAACCGAAGGGCGGCAAGCAGAGUACGGCCAUCUACUCUUCGGACGAAGAAGGUUCCGACUUGGAUAUGGGACGACGUAAAAAGAAUAUCGACAAGAAGAAGGCUCUCAAGUCGUUGGCCGAUUCGGACGAUAGUGAAGCAGGCUCAGGGUCCGGUUCGGAGCAAUCGCGAGGAUCACGAUCUCGCUCGAACUCCGGUUCUGGUGGUUCGGGAUCGGGCUCCGGUGGUGAAGGAUCUGGAAGUGGAAAGAGCGGCGGUGGAAACGAUCAAUCCGGUGACGAUAGUGACGAGUAGUAGAGCAGCAUGCAUCAGCAUAGUGGUUGUACAUUCUGUGUUCCAUGAUAAGAAUUUAAUAAGAAUAAAUUCCUUAAUUUCUA